GCUUCGGCCUCAGUCAGUGAAGCCGACCCACAGCCGACGGUGCGCAUUUCCCAGACAGCAGCGGCCAUUCUCUCGCUGAGGAGCAUCUUCACCCGGCCUCCACAUCUGCAUGUGGACGGCGCCAUGACGACGGAGAGAACCCCGCUCGUGGUGAGCGAGCCGGUGCCCAACUAUGUGUUCAUGACCAAGCCCAACCGCGUGCACCGCAGAAGGAAGCAGCAGCUGCACUGCUGGCUCUGCGCGGCCGUGCUGACCGUCUUCACGGUCGCCAUGGUGAUCCUGGUGUCCUUCUACAACAACCACGUGCCCGAGACGGACGACUUGAACCCGGCCAGCCCGGCGCCGCCGGAGCUCAACACCAUCAUGGCCCUGCGGUGGCCGCUCGCAGACAAGCCGGCCGCCGCGUGGGCCGGGGAGGCGGUGGACGCCGCCAAGCUGGAGGCGGCGGUGGAGGCGGGCAAGCAGGCGCUGCUGGUGCGCCAGGGCAUCGAGAGCGCCGCGCCGACCCUCAGCGUCGCCUCGGCGUCCUUCCGCCACCAGCGGUCCGUGCGCACGCUCAAGCGCGCCGACCAGCUCGCCAAGGCCGGCUACAUCCUGGGCGCCGCCACCAGGGCCAUCGUCAUCAGCACCGACAGGGACCGGGUCGGCGGGUCCGUGGGCAAGGGCCCCACGAUCCACGCCGACUGGCUGCCCGAGGACGUGUGCGCCGACGGCCCGGCGGUGCUGCCCUCCUGCCAGGCCUCGCCCUACCGGUCUCCCGACGGCUCCUGCAACAACCUGCUGCACCCUCACAAGUGGGGCGUGGCCAUGCGGCCCUUCAGGAGGGCCAUGCCGCCCGACUACGCCGACGGUGUGUCGGCCCCCCGGGUGGCCUCCGACGGCGGCCCGCUGCCGACGGCGCGCCAGGUCAGCGUGACGGUGCACCGGCCUCUCUACCAGAACGACCCCGACUUCACCGUCAUGCUCGCCGUGUGGGGCCAGUUCCUCGACCACGACAUCACCGCCACGGCGCUCAGCCAAGCGGAAGGCGGCAAGGCCAUAUCGUGCUGCCAGAGCGCGGCGGGCGUGAAGCAGCACCCCGAGUGCUUCACGGUGACCCUGGGCUCCGGAGACCCCUACUACAACCAGUGGAACGUGACCUGCAUGGAGUUCGUGCGCUCCGCGCCGGCGCCCACCUGCCACUUCGGUCCUCGGGAGCAGCUGAACCAGGCCAGCGCCUUCAUCGACGGCUCCGUGGUGUACGGCACGACGGAGGCGCAGACGGCGAAGCUGCGGGCGGCGCAGGGCGGCGAGCUGCGCAUGUUGGAGACGGUGGACGGCCGCGAGCUGCUGCCCAUGUCCUCCGACCCGGACGACGGCUGCAACCAGGCGGCGGAGAGCGCCAAGGGCCGCUACUGCUUCGACUCGGGCGACCCGCGGGCCAACGAGAACCUGCACCUGACGACGAUGCACCUGCUGUGGGCGCGCCAGCACAACCGCCUCGCGCGCAAGCUGGCCGCCCUCAACCCGGGCUGGACGGACGAGCGCCUGUUCCAGGAGUCGCGCAAGAUCCUGGCCGCCCAGAUGCAGCACAUCACCUACAGCGAGUUCCUGCCCAUCCUGCUGGGGAAGGACUUGAUGAACAAACUGCACAUGUCGCUCAAGCCGGUGGGCUACACCUACAACUACAACUCUUCGGUCGACCCGAGCAUAGCCAACAACUUUGCCACGGCUGCAUUCCGCUUCGCCCACACCUUGCUGCCGGGCCUCAUGAAGAUGCUGGGCAACGACACCAAGAGCGAGUCGUACGUGGAGCUUCACAAGAUGCUGUUCAACCCGUUCAGCCUGUACGUGCCGGGGCAGAUGGACUCGACGCUGCGCGGAGCCAUGGUCACCAUGGUGCAGAAGUUCAACCCCCACUUCACCAACGAGAUCACGGAGCACCUUUUCGAGAGGUCCGUGGAGCCCAACGUGCCGUUCCCGUGCGGCCUGGACCUGGUGUCGCUGAACAUCCAGCGGGGUCGCGACCACGGGCUGCCCAGCUACCCCUACUGGAGGGAGCACUGCGGCUUCGCGCGGCCCAAGACCUUCAAAGACCUGCACGGGAUUAUGGACCCCGACUCCGUGGACCACAUCACGACCAUCUACAGAUCCGUCGAUGACGUGGACCUGUACACCGGCGCGCUCUCCGAGUACCCCAUCGAGGGAGGAGUUCUGGGUCCCACCGUCACCUGCCUCCUCACCGACCAGUUCGUGAGGCUCAAGUUCGGCGACAGAUACUGGUACGAGACGGCGCAGCAGCCGCAGGGUUUCACUCCUGAACAACUGCACGAGAUCCGUAAGACAAGCUUGGCUGGCGUGAUCUGCGACACCUCGGACAACAUAGAAAGAGUGCAGCCCCAGGUGAUGCGCAGCACAAAAGCGGGCAACUUGCCCGUGUCUUGCGCGGGUGACUCUCUGCCACGUCCCAACCUCAACCUCUGGAAGGAAGAAGGCGGCAGCUUCAUUCGCCCUGGUGUCACUCAUCUCGGCUUGGGGGCUGCCAUCAGUAUCCCUAAGAUUAUCAAUCCAGCAAUUCCAAGAAGCAUCAGAAUAAUCGGAAGUGUGUCAGAAUCAAGCUUCACGACUGUAGGUGGAUAUAGCUCACUAAAGUUUCCCUUGGCCAUUCCAGUUGAUCCAUUUGAUUCAGUGGCUCCUCCUGGAUUCGUCACCCCAGCUUACCCUCCAACAUAUGGUCAUGGUAUUCAGUGGGAUGGAUCUAUAAGUAGCUUGUCUUUGACACGAAAAUUAACAUUGCGGGCAUCUUUCUCCUUACCAAAAUACAUUCAUGGUCAUGGCAUGUUGAAUCACUCUGUUCUGUGGUUGAAUGGUGGGAUAAAUGCUGAAAUAACAUCUUCCUUAAACAGCACUGGGGAAUUCCUACUACCUGUCACUGGCAUUUACUCAUCUCCUGUUUACUUUCAAGAGAGAGACGAAUUUGUUGACCUGAAAAUACUUGCCAAACCAUUGACAAUAAAUGAUUUGGGUAUCGGUGGAGAUUUCACACCUUAUCCAAGUGUUAACCCGAGCCCGUUUACAACCAAAGCACCUCUUAUCCUCCUUGGAUCUUACUCAGCAAGCCGAAAAUUUUUUGUUUGGUCAGGUAAUGUGACUUUAGUAGUGUCACUGCCCAGACUUGAAGCAUCAAAUGAAGAACCCACCAUAGAAGAAAACCAGUCUGUAGCAAACAUUGUACUUGAACCAGAGGUCGAACCAAAUGUAAGAAAAAAUACUCUUGCAACAGUGCCAGUGAUAGGUACAGUAGUAAAGGCUUCAGUCACAGUGGGGGGAUCGACAGUAACACCUUCCUUCCCUGUCGCUAUACCAGCCCAUCCAUUUGACGAUGUGAUUUCGACAUAUACAGUAAACAGUAUUAUUGAUGGCUUUCCACCAAUAUACUUUAGUGGAAUAGCAUGGGAAGGAAAAAUCAGCUCUCUUGGCCUUGGAAAAGGUGUCCAAGCAACUGGUCACUUUGCUGUCCCCAAAUAUGAACAUGGGCCUGUGUAUGGAAAUUUUUCUGUCCAGUGGCUUAAUGGAGACUUUUCUUUCGAAUUCCAACCUCAAUUUUCAUUAUUUCCUGGUGCAUUUCCUGCAAUAGAGGGCACAUUUUUAUCACCUCUUUACUUUCAGGAAAGAAAAGAAUUUCUGUACUUACGGAAUGAAUCUGUCACUACUCCUACUGUACCUGAAAAAUUAUAUACUUCAAAUCCAUCUAUAAAUGUGGGACCGAUAACACCAAAGGUUCCUGUCAGUUUGCUAGGAGCUUAUUCGCUAGAUAAAUCUGUAUUUUGGUGGUCUGGUAACAUAUCAAUUCAUAUGCAGUACCCAUCAGUUUCUGAUAUAGAAGAUACUGUCUCUACUGUUCAAGAAAGUGCUGUGGAUGUUGAAACACCUGCAUCAUUUGGAAAAAUUCAAAGUAAAAAGAAGCCAGUUUCUAUAACAGUUAAAUCUGGUACACUGCAGGCAAAUCUUUUGAAUUCUAAGAGUCCUGAUUUCACAUGGAAUGGUAAAUUUCCUGUCACCAUCCCAUAUCCAUUUUUUGAUAGAAAAUUGGUAAAUGGUGUGGAAAAGAACGAGGCAUUCAUAAAAUUCGAACAAGGCAUAUCAUGGAGCGGUUCAGUCACUGGAAAUGUUGUAUCUGGUUAUACUUUGGAUGGAACAUUUUCUUUAACACGAUUCUUACACAGUAAUAUAACUUUUGGAUUUGGCUUGCAGUCAUGGAGUGGGAAAUUUUCUUUGGAAUUUGAUAGCACUGAACCCACAAUAACAAAUUUAAUCAAUCCAGGAGUCACUCAUUCAUCUCCUGUGUAUUUUAAGACAGCACCUUUUGUGCCUGUUGCCGAGGAAUUUCCUGGAGGGACAACUGGAGCUGGUAGUUUGCCUGUCUUUGCACCCCUCAUUCUUCUUGGGGAUUUUGCUUUGGAUAAAAGUUAUUUCCAGUGGUCAGGUAAAGCCAUUCUCCUUCUACCAUCUACGCCUUUCGUAGCCAAGGUACAAAUGAUGAAAGGAGAACAGUCCCAGUCACUAGAAGAUGAGAGUGUAAACUCAAAAAUAUCUGUACGAGGAAGUUUGCCAAUAAUAGCAUCUGUUGUAAAAGGUUAUGUGACGUCGGGUUGGUCAUCAUGGUAUCCAUCUUUCCCAGUUGCUAUACCUGCUCACCCUUUUGAUGCUAUUUCUACUGAAUUGUCAGGAAGUACACCAUUGAAUCUUAUUCCUCCAGUCUAUGGUAAAGGAAUUGUAUGGGAAGGAAAAUUGAGUACACCUUAUUCCGAUGGAAAUAUUUAUGCAAAUGGAAAAUUUUCUAUGCCUAAAUUCGUACAUGGUACUGGAGGAUUGCUAAACUUCUCGCUGGAGUGGCUUAAUGGUGACUUUGAAUUUCAGUUCAAACCAUUAAUGAACUUAUUUUCACCAACUUUACCAGCCAUAGAUGGUAUAAUUUCUUCGCCAGUUUACCUUCAGGAAAGAAAAGAACUUUUAUACCUUAAAAACCUUACAACACCUGUCCCAAAAAUAUUUACCGGUCCAUACGACUCAUUUCCUACAAUAAAGGCAGGACCGAUAUUGCAAAAAGUUCCUGUAGGUUUGAUUGGAUCAUAUUCUUUGGACAAAACUAUAUUUUGGUGGUCUGGAAAUGUCUCUAUUUUAUUAAAAUAUGUGCCUAUCUCUCCAUUUUCUGACAUCAUUAACAUAAAAGAAACUUCUGUAACACCGAAAUCUAAGAAACCUGUUGUAACCCCAAAGGUCCUAAAAACACCAAUUGCAUUCACUGUAAAUACUGGUUCAAUAGAAGCCAGUUUGUUAAAUUCGAACAAGGUUGAUCUUGUAUGGGAUGGAAAAUUCCCUGUUGAAAUACCCUACCCUUUCUUUGAUAGGAAAGUUGCAAGCACUGCAACGGAACCAUCACUUACUGUUAGCAAAGGAAUUACAUGGAGUGGAACAGUAACAACAAUUUCUCCUUCUGAAGCAAAACUUCAAGGUACAUUCUCUUUAUCGAGAUUUGUGCACAAUAGUCUGAGUUAUAGCUUUGGUAUAGAAUCAUGGAGUGGAAAAUUCAACCUGGACUUGGGCAUUAGCAGUAAUAUAUCAGUUGAAAGUUUUAUCAAUGCAAAUGUAUUGUAUUCUUCUCCUGUGUAUUUCAAAACUAUUCCUUUGACACCAUUUUAUGAAAUGGCUUCUACUGCAAUGGAAGAUGGAUUGGUAAGUGCACCUUCAGUUGCACCUCUUGUUCUUUUGGGGACCUUCUCUCCAGGAAAAACUUCAUUUUUAUGGUCCGGAAAGGCCAUAAUCAUGCUCCCAUCAUUGGUUGACACACCUUCCCUAACUGUGAAAGCUGCUAAAGCAAAGGCUAAAACCACAACCCCAAAACCAAAACCCAAGGAUCCAACGGAGCUGGGGGAUAAUGUACCAAUAAUGGGAACUGUUGUACAAGGUACAGUAAUGGUAACUGGUGGUUCUGAUUGGACACCAAAUUUCCCGGUAGCCAUUCCUGCUAAGCCAUUUGAUGCUGUUGUCAGAGAGUAUUCCUCUGAAACUUCAUCACCUGUCUUACCACCCAUAUUUGGCAGUGGUAUCCUUUGGCAAGGUCAGAUCAACUCGCCUUCUGCUGAUGGUCUAGUUUAUGCAUCAGGACAUUUUUCAAUGCCUAAGUAUAUUCAUAGCUUCGGGUAUUAUAACUUCUCUCUUGAGUGGUUGAAUGGAGAUUUCUCUUUCCAAAUACAACCAUUAUUUAAUUUGCUAUCUACAACCAUGCCUCAAAUUGGUGGUUCAUUCUCAUCGCCAGUAUAUUUUCAAGAGCGGAAAGAAUAUUCAUACUUAAAAGAUAUUCCUACAACCUCAGUGUUGUCGUUUAAUGGUCCUUAUUCAGAUGACCCUUCUGUAGAUGCUGGUACAAUGACUCAAGAGGCGCCAAUUGUUUUGCUUGGGACAUUCUCCAAUGACAAAUCUAUAUUUUGGUGGUCAGGAAGCAUCUUACUACAAAUGAAAUACAAGCUCGCUGCUGACUUUACUAACCAAAACCUUUUGAAUUUGAAAGUUUCUCAGGCAGCGGCAAGCUCGGCGAAAGGGCCAAAAAGCUUUCUGAAUUUUACUGUAUCAUCUGGUUCACUUUACGCUAGUGUUUUGAAUUCUACAGACGCUCCUUUUGAAUGGGAUGGCUCUCUGCCAGUCACAUUGCCAAAUCCAUUUUUUGACGUAGUAGUGAAGAGCACGUUUGGUGUUCAAGCUGCCAAAGGAGCCAAACCUGCUGCUGGUGGAUUCAUAAAGUAUGGUCAAGGUAUCUCUUGGAGUGGUGAACUCUUAGGAAAUGAAACAGAUGGGUACUCUAUUCAAGGUACGUUCUCAUUUGCGAGAUUUCUUCAUGGGAAUGUGACUAAAGGUUUUGCUGUUGAGACCUGGACUGGUAACUUCUCGUUCGAUAUUGAAGACAUUAAGUCCAAUGUUUCGCUUGAGACUUUAUUCACGCCCGAUUCCAAAUUUUCCUCUCCCAUGCUUUUCAAACCACUUAUAGUUGAAAUGGCUUCUGGUGCAGGAGACUCGGGAGCUUAUCCAGGAGCUGAUGCAGGAAAGGACAAAGGAGGAAAAGGGGGCAAGGGAAAGAUUCCAGCCAAAGACAAGCCAGGGAAAGAUGGUGGAAAAAGCAAAUUCGCCCCUGUUGCGAUGAUGGCUCCCAUAACACUCCUAGGAGAUUUGUCAGAAGACAAAACGUCUUUCACAUGGGGUGGUAGUGUUUCUUUGCAGCUGCCAGCAACCAAGUAACUAACUUAAGUAGUUUAUUAUUUGUGUUGACUUCACUCUUGCCUUACAUGCACUUACAAUUCCUUUAGUUUCCAAGCAAGGAUUUGUGGAUAAGUGCAGAAAUAUGUAGAUAACAUAUUAUGUAUGAAGUGUAUAGAAGUGAAAUAAAUAAUGGAUGUAGCCUGUGUUUAGUCCUCAUUUAAACAAUCUGUCGCCUUCUCGUCCAAAGUCAUUUUAUGGCUGUAAAGUAAAUUCUGCCAGAUUUGUGUUCAGGGACUCAAAUAUAGACUGAUAUCUUUGAAUGAAGUAAGGUAUUCCUUACAGCAUCCUGCAAAUGAUUUAAAAGGUAGAAUAGAACUUACUGUGAAUUUAAUUUAACGAUCUUUUUUUUAAAAUUAAGGUAUAGUAUAAGUUAACAUUAAAAUAUCUAGUUUCAGAUGAACUUUUAUUGUGAUAUAUUAAUUAAUUAUACAUUAAUUAACAUUUUUAUAGAUAAAAUGUCAACUAGUUUUAUAAUGUGUAUUUGUAAUGUUAUGUUUUUAUUCAUCCUGUCUCUACUUUCUAUAUAGCCAGAGUAACCUUCGAUUUUUUUAAAUAAGUAAUUGCAUUUAUCCCCGUGUUACUAGAUACAAUUUAUCUCUGAACUUAAUAGAUAAUAUUGUGUACUGGACAUAUACAUUUAUCUUAAAAUAAUUCAAGGGUGUCUCGGGGUUAAACAUAAAAUUGUACUUAUUUGUACUUUAUCAGUUGUCUUCAUUUGUUUUUAUUAAUGCUUUAAUUAAUUUGUUAAUAAACCAUUUAGGCGUGUUCAAAAUUCUCUUUUAUAUAUAUAUAAAUUUCUGUAAUAGUUGUGUCUUACUUUUACUCGCAAUUAAAUUUACCUCUCAUCAUAUUUUUAUUAUUUAAAUAUUUUAAUGUACUUUGAGUUGUUUUUCGUGUUAUUUGUGUUCACGGUAAUGACCUAUGUGAAAUACCAGCUACGCACGUUUUCAUGUAGUCGGUGUAACUCAGAAAUGUAAAAUGUUAGAAAUAUUUUCGUAAAACUUUUGUAAGUUUGGCAGUUUUAAUAAAAUGUUAAAUUAAACAUCUGAAAGUUUUUUUUAU